AUGACCGCAUGGGAAGUGAUCGACGGUCGAGGCAUAGCAGUCAUGGCAUUGCUUGGCUCCAGCAUUGUUGGUCGAUGUGGGAUUGUAUCGUGCGCUGGUGGGUCGGAGGAUCUUGAAGGCGUGGGGAGCGAGCAACUGCGGCAGAAGUGCCUCGAGCUGCAGGAGGCCGUGCGAAGCCUCUUGGAGGCCGAGGGCGCCAGCCAGAGCAGCUUCGAGCAGCUCAGGGAGAGCAAUGAUCAACUGGAAGAGGCACUGCAGGAGCUGCAGAAUCCCGGCCGCAGCUCGUUGCCCUCCUUCGUCCCCGACGCCGCGCUCCCCGGCGACCCCGUGCGCAUCGACGUGCUGCCGCCGGCGCGCGAGACCGACGGCCCGGCGCUGCUGCCGGGCGAGGCGCACGUGCGCGUGUCGCUGCCCUUGGUGGACAACGGAGAGGUCAUGUGGGGCUGCGACUUGACGCCGCUCUUCGAGGAGUCGGGCGAUCGCUUGAUGUUCUUCACCGCCUUCCUGCCGCUGGGCCUCCAACUCACCUCCGCUCCGCGGCCGUCGGAGCUGCCCGGCAGCGCGGAGCUGAUUCGGGUGGAGGCGGUGGAACCCAAAGGCGAGGCGGAGCUCCUCGGGAUCAGGAGCGGCGACGUGCUGCGCGCGGUGUCCUACGUGGGCGCAGGGCCUGAGCCGGGCUGGUUGGACAAGAUGCUGGGCGCCGAAGCGAUGCCCAUGAAGCAGGUCAUGAAAUGCGAUGGCCGCCCACUUGAGGAGGUCAUUGAAGCGCUUCAGUCCAAUAGCAAGAACCCCGACGGUCGCCUCGUGCUGCUGCUGGAACGACCCUGA